AUGAAAACCAGUCCACAACUUCAAUAUCUCCUACAGAAGAUGGCCGAAAGCGAACCUCAGAAGCUGCCGACGCCGGCGAGGUGUACAGCCGAUUUCUGUCUAGUCCCCAUGGGCACACCCACUGCGUCGGUCAGCAAAGAGGUUGCAGAAGUACAGAGACUGCUGAAGAAGAGUGGUAUUGAGUAUCAAAUGCACGCUGGUGGCACGACACUCGAGGGAUCAUGGGACGAAGUCACAAAAAUCAUUGGCCAAUGCCACUCACUACUUCAUGCCAAUGGUGUCGUACGGAUCCAAAGCGACAUUCGCAUCGGCUCAAGGACCGACAAGAAGCAAGGUUUCAAAGACAAGGUGGCAGCAGUCGAGAAAUUACUUGCCAGCGAUAACAUCGUCGUCGAAGACGCUGAGAUAACUUAUGAUCGAGAUGCUCCCUCUGGAAGCAAGGUAUCUUGA